AUGGAAUUGGACGAUGAAUUCCUACGAGUGGCGACGCCUCGAGGUCCGUUACUUCUUCUUCACUCACUUACCGACGUCACUACCGCUCGAUUACGAACUUAUCAUCAACAGUGUGAUAUGCAGCUAGAAAUUACAUUACGAUUCUAUCGGGAGCAUCAGGAACGUGAUCGUUGCUCUCGUGUGCGAUAUAGUCGCAGUCCAUUGACUUUAUCAAGAUCAGAGCUACCUCGAAUGAUGAUUUCUAGUCAGAUUGCAGCAGUAGAAGCUCGGCAAUGGAAAUUACUUCGAGAGAGCUGUGAUAUUCGAGUUUAUCGACUUAAAAAACGACAGGAACGGACGUCUACAGUCGAAGCUAUUGGUACGGUCCAUGGGUCUCUUGAAGAUGUUAUGAAUGGCCUGUACGCGGACUCAACGAGGACUGCACGAGUCCUGGAAAUGCUCUUGAGUCCCCGUUCAUUGGACGCACGAGUGUUGCAAGUAGACAAGAGCAGCACCGAGAUUAAACCGUUUCAAUUUUCAGGUAUUGUUUGGAUGGCACUAAAGAUGCCUGGACUCGGACUUUGCAAACAUAGAGAUUUUUUAUGUUUUAAAAAGAUGGAUCUGAUAAAGGACGAUAUGGGAGAAGAAAUGGGCUACAUGGUGUUGCACUCAAUUGAUCCUUUAGCUGAUGAAUUGCCAGUUUCCAACUUUGAUGUACAUGCACCAACGGGAGCCACGUGGCCUCCGUUAAGUCGAGCGCAUCAGACCCAUAGUCGUAGCUCCAGCUCGGUUGGAAUUAGCUCUGAUGACUUUGUGAGAGGCUUCAUCUCGUUGGCUAUUGUCUUCAAGCGCAUAGGCGACGACCGUGUAGCCAUGUUCGCCCACGGUCAGUUCAAUCCGAGUGGCCGUUUGCCAGCAGUUCUUGGUGACAAUUUCAUUGCUGAGUGGUUAACGUCCAUGGCCAAUACUGUGCAGAGCGGACAAGCCAAGAAUUUGUCACUUUUGCUUGCAGGUCAGAGGCACUCAUCCAGUGACCAAACAAGGUCCAGACAGCGAUGCGCGGUGUGCGCUUGCGCCUUAUUCUUUUGGAAUGCUCCACUGAGCUGUCGAGGCUGUUGGAAGCCAUGCUGCCGUACAUGCCGCGUGACGAAGCCUAUUUUCUGUGCUCACUACCAUCCGAACAGAGGCAUCGUUGUUGGAGGACCGUGCACGGAGACUUUUUGUCUAGUCUGCGUGUGUGCAGUGAUUCCAUCUGAGGCAACGAUUAAUGCCCGCCUGUUGAAGCGGUUGGCGAAAAAGCGCAAGCAGGUGCCUACCUUUUCCCGGCCAACAAUGACAGCGUCUUCGAUUACGGACGGGUCCAUCCCACAACAGCAGCUUCUAUCAAUCGCUGCGUCGGAGGGACUGCUGGAAGCUUCAGAAACGUCCUCAAUCUCGGUGCUAUCGUCGCGCGAAUCCGAGAAACACCAGCAGCACCGACUCAGUAUCAAUGCUCGGCCGAAAAAGCGAGCUUAUGUGCAACCACCAGAAAUUGCUGGUCAGGAAGCAGAUCAAGAUGAAGCAAGAGACGUUGAUCCUACAAGCAUGAUGCUAGAAGUGUUGGAGCACCAUCAGGUCUGCUGCGGUACAGCAUCUGUCAUUUCGGGGGUAUCGUCUUCGAAUGCAGGAACGUCGCUGCGGUCUUUUACGUCCGCGGACUUGGGAUCAACUUCAACCAACCACUUCAACUCGUUGCAACUUGGACGCUACCCGUCCGGGCAUAGCCUGCUGACCCACAAUCCAAGUUUCCGCCAGCAAAUGCAAGCUCCCUGGGUUGCUGCCUCCGCGACAGUACGACAGGGCCAAGUACCACAAGAUCGAUGUGGCGUUCAAGCCCAGAGCAGCUUUUGGCUGCCGCGCCGAUCUGUACUGGUGAAGAAAGCAGUCGAGUCGUCGCCUCCGCGUGACGAAGAGUACUAUCAGCAAAUGCUACACAGUUAUUUGCUUCACACCAACAGUGCCCGCAGUUUAGCGAGUGCGCUGUCACGGAGCAGCUAUGGCGGAAUGUCAAUGAUGGCGCUUCAGCCACCAAUAUCACAGGAAUCAAGCGUGCUGCUGGAGCAUUGCAGCGACGCACGAGCAGCACCCAACUGCUCGACACCGAAAAACGGCCCACCGGAUAUGGUCAUCUAUCGCCGAUUCAUGUCUAUAUUGUGUCAGUUUGGAUUUGGAAACCGCCCGACGAAAAUGCAGAUUUUCGUCAAGACGCUUACGGGCAAGACCAUCACCCUUGAUGUGGAGCCAUCAGACAGUAUUGAUAAUGUCAAGCAGAAAAUUCAAGACAAGGAAGGAAUUCCUCCUGACCAGCAACGGUUAAUCUUUGCUGGUAAGCAGCUAGAGGAUGGCCGUACGUUGUCGGACUACAAUAUUCAAAAGGAGUCAACUUUGCACUUGGUGCUGCGUCUGCGUGGUGGUGGUAAGAAGCGCAAGAAAAAAACGUACACGAAGCCAAAGAAGAUUAAACACAAGCACCGUAAGGUGAAGCUUGCUGUCCUGAAGUACUACAAGGUGGAUGACAAUGGAAAGAUUCAGCGUCUGAAGAAGGAGUGCCCGGCUCCUCAGUGCGGUGCUGGUGUUUUCAUGGCUACUCACUUUGAUCGUCACUACUGCGGCAAGUGCCACUUGACUUACCAGUUUCAAGGCGAGGAUAGCGCUUAG